AUGUCUGAUAUCCAUCUGUAUACAGCUCAAACGCCUAAUGGUGUUAAGAUAUCGAUCCUGCUAGAGGAGCUAGGGUUACCUUACAAGGUCACUAAGGUCGAUAUUAGCACCAAUGUCCAGAAGGAGCCCUGGUUCCUAGAGAUUAAUCCAAAUGGCCGUAUUCCAGCACUCACGGAUACUUUCACCGAUGGCAAGCCUAUCAGGUUAUUUGAAAGUGGCUCUAUCAUGCAAUAUCUAACUGAUAGAUACGAUACGGAACAUAAGGUCUCUUAUCCGAAGGGAUCUAGGGAGUACUAUGAAGUUAAUAGCUGGCUCAUGUGGCAAAUGGGAGGUCUUGGCCCGAUGCAAGGACAACUAAACCAUUUCAACCGUUAUGCCCCGGAGAAGAUUGAAUACGGCAUCAACCGGUACAAGAACGAAACUCGCCGCCUCUAUCGGACACUCGAGACACAGCUGAAAUCGUCGACGUCCGGUUACUUGGUUGGUGACCGAUGUACGAAUGCGGACAUCUCAUGCUGGGGAUGGGUCGCAGCAGCAAAAUGGGCUGGAAUUGAUAUGGAUGAGUUCCCGAUAUUGCAUGAAUGGGUGGAGCGGAUGCUAAAGCGUCCGGGCGUCGAGAAGGGUCGCCAUGUGCCGUCUCAGCAUAUCUACGAAAAACACCAGGCUAUCUCCAACGAGGAGAUAGAAAAACAGGCUGCUCCGUUGAGAGACUGGGUUCAGUCAUCAAUGAAGGAAGAAGCAAAGUAG